AUGUCUCUAGUUGCGGAAGCCUUAGUCUCCCAGAUCGCAGCUGCAGAACCUUGGCCUGAAAAUGCUACAUUGUAUCAGCAACUGAAAGGGGAGCAAAUUUUGCUUUCUGACAAUGCAGCUUCUUCUCUUGCUGUGCAGGCCUUUUUGCAAAUGUGUAAUCUGCCUAUCAAAGUGGUCUGCAGGGCAAAUGCUGAAUAUAUGUCUCUAUGUGGUAAAGUACCUUUUAUUCAUGUAGGAAAUCAAGUAGUAUCAGAACUUGGUCCAAUAGUCCAAUUCGUUAAAGCCAAGGGCCAUUCUCUUAGUGAUGGGCUGAAUGAAGUCCAAAAAGCAGAAAUGAAAGCCUACAUGGAAUUAGUCAACAAUAUGCUGUUGAGUGCAGAGCUGUAUCUUCAGUGGUGUGAUGAUGCUACUGUAGGAGAGAUCACUCUUGCUAGGCACGGAUCUCCCUACCCUUGGCCUCUGAAUCAUAUUUUGGCCUAUCAGAAACAGUGGGAAGUCAAACGUAAGAUGAAAGCUAUUGGAUGGGGUAACAAGACUCUGGACCAGGUCUUAGAAGAUGUAGACCAAUGCUGUCAAGCUCUUUCUCAAAGACUGGGAACACAACCAUAUUUCUUCAAUAAGCAGCCCACUGAACUAGAUGCACUGGUAUUCGGCCAUCUGUAUACCAUUCUUACUACACAAAUGACCAGCGAUGAACUUUCUGAGAAGGUGAAAAACUACAGCAACCUCCUUGCUUUCUGUAGAAGAACUGAACAACACUAUUUUGGCAAAGGCAGCUCAUCUAUCAGAUUGUCUUAG